AUGGAUCAUCCCAUAGCCGUCGUUGUGAGAGACCUUCUUGCUGGACCAUCCAGUUUGCACUCCAAUGAUCGAGCCCGUGAACAACCAGAUUGUGGUGCUCGGUGUGACGUAUGGUUGAACAAACGACUUCUUUGGGACGCUUCAGAACCAUUCAUAGGACCUGAGACUACAAUAAAUACCGAGAACUUCCCGGCGGCAACCCAAGCGGCACAGACGGCCAUGGCGACUGCAGAAGCGAGCGAUAUCACCUUUCAGAGGGAAGCCAACUCUGAACCCGAUUAUGUGGAAUCGUUGACGACGACCAUAUCGUCCUUGCAAUCAGAGGCAACAUCUAUACAAAGUGUACCACCGAUGGGCAACCGGCCUACGGGUCUUCCAUAUAACCCGGUUAUCACUGCACCUCCGUGGAGCUCAGUAUCCUCCUUAACAACUACUACAAGAUUAGCUACACAACCUGAAACAACAUCCACCGCAGCUCCAACCACCACCCAAUCCGCACUUGAAGAAAAUAGCAGUGGUGGUGAUGGCAUUAACACCAAAACAACAAUCGCCAUUGCCGUGCCCGUUUCCGUCGUCGGGCUUGCCCUUUUCGCAGGACUUCUAUUUUUCUUCCUGAAGCGGCGCCGCCAAGAGAAAAAACUCAUCUCCGCAAGUAAUCCGUCUUUAGCAAACGUAGCACCCAAACGAGAACUAUCCUGGGGGGAUUACGAUUCAACUCCGAGAGAGAGAACCUCUUUCGGAACCAUGGCACAACGACCCAUACCGCAUAGCCACACACUCACACCAGAUACCCAAUCCUUAAACCGAGAAUUACGCCCGCCACCAUCGGCAGACAGUCGUAAUGGCGUCCGAGGUCGCUUCACCGAACAGGUCCACUCAAUAUACGCACCCGACGGAAGCCCAAUGGCCUUAACCGCAGAAAACAUGAGCCACCACGAACAGCACACACCUCGAUCUUCAGCAUGGCCUCUCUCACCAUUCGGUGAUCCGGUCAAUAUCAACAACAAUGAUGAUGCGGGCUCGGUCGUUUCAAGGCUCAGCGAUAGACCAGGUGCAACGCAGAACCGAGACAUGGAUGAUGUGUCGUCUAUCUCGUCGAUAGAUGACAACGAACGGAGGCGAAAUACCCGGCCGUAG